AUGAACGUAACAAACCCCAAUCAGGAAUUAGAUCAGUACGGCGCAGCAACCGAAGUCCCGCUGGCUCAAGCCUUCCAGCACCAACCCACAUUAGGAGCUUGGUCUUCUGGACUUUGCGACUGCUUCUCUGACUGCUCAAGCUGCUGCUUGACGUUUUGGUGUCCAUGCAUCACUUUUGGACGAGUUGCUGAGAUUGCAGACCAAGGAUAUACCUCCUGUGGAACAGCAGGAGUGCUUUAUUUUUUACUUGCUGCCGUGACUGGUUUUACAUUUUGCUACUCCUGCUUUUAUCGCACGAAGAUGCGGCAGCAGUUCAAGCUUGAGGAGAGCCCUUGUUGCGACUGCUUGGUUCAUUUUUGUUGCGAGACCUGUGCCCUUUGUCAAGAAUAUCGAGAGUUCCGGAGCCGUGGAUUUGACAUGUCCAUUGGAUGGCAGGGUAAUGUUGAAAGGCGAAAUCGGGGAGUGGCCAUGGGAGCUGUUCCUCCCUCUAUGGAAACUGACAUGAAAAGAUAG